AGUCAUCCGAGAUAAUGGGAAAACCCCUGCAAACUGUUGCUGCAAUGGCCUGCAUGAAGAGUCUUUUGAUGGUAUUCAAUUUCAUCUUUUGGGUAUCUGGUAUUGCCAUUCUGGCAAUAGGAAUAUGGAUGGAAGUUGAAUUGUACAAGUAUAUGGAGAUGAGUACUGAAUUCAGCGGCACAGCUCCUUAUGUAUUGAUCGGCAUUGGAUCUUUGAUAAUCCUCAUAGGCUCCCUGGCUUGUUGUUGUACCGUUAAAGGACAGCCCGUCUUGCUUUAUGUGUAUGGAGCUUUUCUAGCAAUCGUAUUUGUGAUGGAGUUAGGAGCGGGGAUAUCCAUUUUUGCUUAUCGUGCCAAACUUUCUGAUGGUUUCGACAAAGGUUUGACUCAGGCUAUGAUGAAUUACAGAAAUGACAGUACACAUCUGGCCGGAGAUUUUGAUCUGAUGCAAGAAACUCUGAAAUGUUGUGGGAACCAUAAUCCUAACGAUUGGCUGAAUUUGACACCACCUCAACCUGUUCCAGUUUCUUGUUGCAUUCAGGAAAAUUGUAGCACGGAUAUAGAGCAAAAUAUUUAUUCUCAGGGCUGCUACACGAAAAUAAUAGCAUUCCUCGAUGCCAACAUAGGAAUGGUGGCUGGAGCAGCAGUGGGAAUCGCAUUUUUCCCGUUAAUAGGAGUUGUGCUUUCCUGUUGUUUAGCAAGUAUCAUCAACAAGACCAAAUACGAACAGAUGGCUUAA